UUUUCAGUUUGCUUAUAAAAUCAAAGAUGGCAUAUUCAGCAGAAUUUUGUCAAGGAAAGAAGGCUUGGCCAGAACUACUUGGGAUGGAUGGUGAAGCUGCUAGGAUUAUCAUACUGAAGGAGAAUCCCUUAAUAAUAUGGGCUAAAAUAAUUCCGUUGAAUAGGAUCGUCACUAUGGACUAUAUUUGUCGUCGUGUUUGGAUUCGUGUCGAUUGUCAGGGAAAAGUUGCCAAGGUUCCUGUUAUUGGCUAAUUAUAUAAGAUUUCUUGAUUAUAUGAAACAUUAAGAAACAUCUUUAAUGAAAUAAAAGUUGACAUCUUUAUA